GCAUCAUCAACAGCUGUAAGGAGCGAAUCUGAGCUCAGCUUCCGUGAACAUGAGUGAAGGAAAACCUCCUGUUACUCUGAAAAUCCUCCUUCUAGGAAACUCUGGUGUGGGAAAAUCCUCCAUCAUGAACAGAUAUGUGAACCAUCGUUACACCAACAUGUACCGAGCCACGAUUGGAACAGACUUCCUCUCCAAAUCUGUCCACAUAAAUGGAGACUCGGUCACGCUGCAGAUCUGGGACACAGCAGGCACAGAGAGGUUCCAGUCUCUGGGAACACCUCUGUACAGGGGGAGCCACUGCUGCCUCCUGGUGUUCGACGUCACGUCCUCGGCCACCUUCAGCGCCCUGGAUGUGUGGAGGAAGGAGUUCCUGGUCCAGGGCCAACCUCAGGAUCCAUCUGGCUUCCCGUUUAUUGUAGUGGGGAACAAAACGGACCUGAGCAACAGAGAGGUGUCUCRUAAAAAGGCCCUGAGCUGGUGCGAGGAAACAGGAGCGCAGUACUUUGAAGGAAGCGCCAAAGAGGACGUGGCCGUGGACAAGCCCUUCCUGAGAGCGGCGGAGCUCGGCUUACGGGAG